AUGCUGUUAGGUGUGUGCCAGGGCUGCCCCAUCAGCCCACUUCUUUUUAUUCUUACAGUUGAGCCUGCCCUCCGUCGACUCCAAGCCUUGAAGAAAGGAUACACCAUCCACGGCCACACUGUCGACGCCUUGGCCUACGCCGACGACGUUGCGUUGGUCAGCAGCAGCAGCCAGGGGCUCCAAGCUCAGCUGGACUCCAUCGCCGCAUGGGCGAAAUGGGCAAACAUCAAAUUCAAUCACGCAAAAUGCGGCACACUUGCCGUAUUAGGUAAGCUUCAUUCCGUAGGUACCAACACCUUCUCCCUUGACCAAGCCGACCUCCCGAGGCUCGGCAACGACGAUGCCUACAAGCAUCUCGGGGUCCCCACCGGAUUCUCGAGAUGCGACACGGAAGCAUCCACCACCGAGGGCGUAGUUCGUGAUAUGUACAAGCUUGACUCAUCCCACCUAGCACCCUGGCAAAAACUCGACGCACUAAACACCUUCGUCAUGCCACGGCUGUCUUUUUGUCUCACUGCAGGAACCACACCAAAAAAGACACUCGACAAGAUCGACAGAGUCCUCAAGCGCCUGGUUAAAAGAUGGCUCAGCGUACCACAACGGGCCAGCGCUGAGAUUGUCUACUUGGCCUACAAACAAGGAGGCGCUAAUGUCACCCCGUCAAGCCUUCUCUCCGACAUCUCGCAGGUGUGUCACGCAAUGCAUCUUUUUAUCUCCAGGGACGAGAAUAUCAUCAACGUAUCACUUGGCGCUCUGCGCGACGUGGUCUCUUCCAGAAUUAAACGUACCCCGACCAUCGACGACAUCUGCCAAUACCUCGACGGGUCCAUGGAUGGCGACCUAGGAAAUCCAUCGAAGGACAUUACAUCGACAUGGACUCGCCUGAGGAUGGCUACAAGACGUCUGAAAAAGAAGAUCGACAUCAGCUGGACGAACGGGCCCGGAAACGUCCCCACCAUCGCCAUAGACAACAACUGCCUACGGGUAAGAGGCUGCCAACACGUACUUGACAGACUCCUGAAGUUCCACCACCUGCAGCGAUUGACGGCGAAGCCAGAUCAAGUUAAGGCCUUCAAGAUCACGGCCUCGAGUGAAGUGAGCAAUCACUUCCUCAGCAGUGGCCAGUACACCCGCUUCUCGGACUGGCGCUUCAUUCACCGCGCCAGGCUGAGUGUGGUUGCUCUACGCGGCCACAAGCGCUUCGGGAACGAGACCAAAUCAUGCCGCCGAUGCGGAUUUGCUCGUGAAACGCUUUCCCACGUACUGUGCCACUGCCCACCUAACUUUCGCCUUAUAACACAGCGCCACAACGCCGUAGUGAACCGGCUGGUGAAAGCCUUCCAGCCAAGAGGUGCCACCGUACUAGUGAAUCAGCGGGUUCCUGGAUACCACGAAAAUUGCAGGCCGGACCUGGUUAUCCUGCACGAGGAAUCGAAAUCUGCAACGGUAAUAGAUGUCACAACCCCUUUUGAAAACGAUCGACCGGCCUUCGACGCUGCGAGGGAAGAAAAAGAACGCAAAUACUACAACCUCGUUCAACAUCUUCGCAGCCGGGGCUACGACACAUUCUUCGGGGCGUUCAUAAUUGGUGCGCUCGGAGGUUAUGACCAUCAAAAUGAAUCCAUCCUUCAUCGCCUCAACAUCGGCCGUCGUUACGCUAACAUGAUGAAACGACUGAUGGUUAGCGACGCCAUAAGGUGGAGCAAUGACAUAUACCGGCAGCACUUGGGAGAUUGCUCACGCCGCCCACCUCCACUGGACUCUAACCGACGCAGCAACCAAGCCCGACCAACACACACCACAUCGACUACCCAACCUUUGUCUAACCAGGUAAAUGUACCUCUGUAA